GAUUUGUUAGUUUUGACUGCUCUAGAUCUCAUGGGUCAGUUCCCAGUGCUUGUUCUGCUGCUUGUGCUAGGGUGUACAGCCACAUGUUUCUCUCAGGACGUGGGGGAAUCCAAUAAGGAUGAGGUUCCAAAGCCUGGCGGAUGCAGCCCGGAAUCCCCACAUCAUGACAAUGAACCCCCUCCAUGCCCAGACCCAUGUGAGGGAAUCGAAAACUGCACCACGACGAGCUGCACCAUAGACAGUCACUGUGAUGGCAGCCUGAAAUGCUGUAAGACGAGAUGUGGCAUGGAGUGUGUUCCACCAUAUUUUAGAAACCCCUGUCAAGGCAAACAUGACUGUCCAUUGGGUCUAAAGUGCUGUAAUGGUGUAUGUGACAGUGACUGUAUCUAUCAGCAGAAAAGUCGUGUUACUAAGGGAUCACUCAGUGCUGUGAGCAAAAAGAAAGCUAAGUGA